UGAGCAGCGUGAAGAUAGCUGCAAAAGGAUAGACACGCGUUACACGCAGCUGUAUCCGACGAUUCAACAUCUGAUGCGAUUCGGAUCUUCCUAAGAAGGCGACUACUUUUUUUUUUAUUCCAUCUCGUAGUAACGAAGAUUGGAAGUUGAUCGGUUGUUUGACCGAGGAAGGACAUUACAUGUCGUACACGUUCGACGAUUUUCGACGUCCACCAUCGAUGUAAAAAACAUCUGCGCUCAUUGGAACGUGGAAGGGAGAAUAUGGCCACCGCCUGGUGACGUUCCUUCGUUCGCUGAGAUAUCAAAUGCUUGGAAAAACAUCUGGUGCACCUUAUCGCUACCUUUAACAAUAAUUUCUCGUUCGACGAUCGAACACAAUAUUCUUUUCUGUGAAUAGUGCAACGAAUGUUAUAAUGAACAUGUGGAAAGUGCGGGAGUUUAUGGAUAAGGCGACUAAUGUGGUAAUGAACUAUACCGAAACUGAAGCCAAAGUACGAGAAGCAACAAACGAUGAUGCGUGGGGACCUACUGGUGCAAUGAUGCAAGAACUGGCUCAGGCAACAUUCACGUACGAACAAUUCCCCGAUGUAAUGUCCAUGUUGUGGAAAAGGAUGUUGCAAGAAAAUAAACGAAAUUGGCGUCGAACAUACAAGUCCUUACUUCUCUUGAAUUAUUUGGUACGUAAUGGAUCCGAACGAGUCGUAACAUCCUCCAGAGAACAUAUCUAUGAUCUGCGAUCAUUAGAGAACUACACCUGCAUCGAUGAAUUUGGAAAGGAUCAAGGAAUAAAUAUCAGGCAUAAAGUUCGAGAAUUAAUCGAUUUUAUUCAGGACGAUGACAAAUUAAAGGAAGAACGUAAGAAGGCGAAGAAAAACAAAGAUAAAUAUGUUGGCUUAUCGAGCGAGGCAAUGGGUAUGAGAUUUGGGGGUGGAGAUAGGUGGACGGAAAGUCCUAAAUGGAACAAAUCUAGUACAGAUAAUUACAAUGAUUGGGAUAGAGAUAAUCGUGGAAAAGGUUUUGAAGAUGCGAACAAUAGCGACGAUGGCGAAAGGGAAGAUUCGGACAAUGACACACAUGCUAGUCCAAAAAGAGGCAAUAGGGAAUAUAGGGAUACGAUGGAAAGUAUAGAUCGAAUUGGUAAAACCAUUUCGGGAUCCAUGUCCUCGGUGAAUGCAUCACCGGUGCGAACAACACGCAAUCUUAAAAAAGUAGAUUUAGGCGCAGCAGCGAAUUAUGGAAAAGAACAAUCCAAUGCAUUCUCUUCUCCAGCUAAUCAUCAGAAGAAUAAGAAUGACAUUUUAAAUGACAUCUUCGAUUCUCAAAAUGAUAAUAAUACAAAGUCGACCAUCGAUGAUGACGACUUCAAUCCGAGAGGAAAUAAUCAUUCGCAACCUGCAAAUCUUGAUUUUGGCGAUUUUGCCAGUGCAUUCGGUAGUCCUACCGUUAAAAUGAAAGAAAACGAUGAAUUCGCUGAUUUUACGUCAGCUUUUAGUUCUGGCGUUACCUCUCCUAAUAAUUCAUUGCACGCAUCGCAAAAUCAAUUAUCUUUUAUGGGAACCACGAUACCAAACACUAGCAAUACUACGACGAAUAAUCUAAAUAACACUAUGAUUUCUAAUGCUUCAGCAACUGGUUUUAAAAUGAUAAAUCCAAAUAGUAUUCAAAAAAAUAAUGUUGGUAAUAAUUUGUUCGAUUCUUUGCAACCACAAACACCCAAUAACGAAGCAGUAUUAAACAAUAAUACAGUAUCCUCGAAUACUGAUUUAUUGUCGGACCUUGGGAACUUCAAUUCUUUAUCAAUCGGAUUAGGGGAUAAAAGAGAAAAUAAUACCAACAACUCUAACUUGUUCAAUACCUCUGCUCCUGCUGUUUUGGGGGAUUUUGGAACAGCGUGCAGACAAGAAGAUAACAUCGAGUCAAGAGAGAAAAAUUCAGAAAAUGCUGCUAAUCGUCUUUUGGAAUCGCUAUGUUCCAUGGAGAGUAUUAAAUCUCAGAGUAGUCUGGAAAAAUUAAAGAUACAGAUUUCGGAUUAUAACAUAUUUUUACCUGGUCCAUUUACUCAUCAAAAAUAUAUUGAUCUAAAUUUUGAUCCGUUUCUUGAUCCUAUGUUACACGGAAGAAUUUUAGAAGAAAUUAUUGAUAAAUUUGAUCAUAAUUGGCCAUUACAGGGAACUAAUUUAGAUCCAGUAAUUAAACAAUUGAUCAUCAUCGAUGAUAUGUCAUUAGAGACAUUGUACGAAACACUCGUGGUAUUAACUCAAGCCUUAAAGCAAUCCACUGACGACAACAGAAAAGUAUAUAUAAUUUCAAUUAUUUUGGAAGAGCUGAUAAAAAGUGAUGCUUUAUUUUGCGCAAUAGUAAAUGCAUGUAAAAAUCGACAAGAGUCGACGAUAAAGCAAGAAGAAUUGAAACGAACUUGGAAAAGUACAAUACAGCUAUUAGUCUCUUUACCAAAUCGAGUUGCUAACAAAUUAAGAAAUAAAACGUUGGAUAUCUUUCUCCCACAAAUCUAUACAAAAAUUAUUAGCUUUCAUAUUGCUCGUGGAUUCUCCUUCGUUCAUGAUUGUAUGGAAAAGUGCGGCAUUCAAAUAAAUUUCAAUAUGUUUUCAAUGAUUAUUAGUAAAAUGGCAAUCGCAAUGAACUCGACGAACUUGAAUUGCUUAAUUGAUAUUUUGUCAACGUGGUGCUAUGAAGAUGACGAUAGAAGAAACUCAAUACAGACUAUACUCAGAGAAUUAGAUCGAGCAGCCAUUGAGCCAUUGGUUGUAUUAUUUUUAAAACAUUGCGAUAUUAAAAAUGGAGUACAUUGUAUUUUUGGAGACUUAAUAGAUGUAUCCAAUUGGAUGUACACAUUAACAACAAAGAUCCCAUUUAUGUCUUAUUAUGAAGAUGAAAGAGAGAAUUUUAUUAUUAACUUUAUAACAUACUUAUCGCAAUCUUCAAAAGAAAAUCGUAUUAUGAUAGACUUGUUAAUCAAACUCUUAGAUGUGUGGGGUGAUAAAAGUGCAUUAAAUCAUACUUCUAUAGAACAGCAUAAGUACAUUACAAAAUUGAUUAUUCUUGCCAUAACAGUAGUAAAAAAUAAUAUCAAAACUAACGACAAGGAAACUUGCCGAAAAUUAAUAUUUUUUGGAAUAUCAACGCAUUUGGAAAGUACGCAUAUUAUUCUGAGGGCGAUAGGUAUGCGUACUGGAGAAAUUGUUGUGAGAGCUCUAUCAGAAUCGGAUAAUAGUCCAAAACUGGAAUUUCAUUAUGACAGUAUGGGUGGAGAAAUUAUUGAAUUGGUAAAAUCAUUUGAUAUGCUAAUAGAAAAAAUACAAACAUUAGAUUCAGAACAAUCUUGCCAGAGUGAAGAAAAUUUAUAUUACGAUUAUAUUAUUUUCAAUUCAUUGGGCGAUAAGAAAGUUUUUGAUUUGGGUGUAGAGUGUAAUAUAUUAUCGUUGAAGUACAUCAAACAACUUGAGGAAAGUGAAGAGAAUGCGAUUGGAAAAGAAAAAGACUCAUUAAAUGUUUUUCGCAAAAAUAUUGAAGACAAAGGAUUUACUAGCAAAGAGAAUAUCGAGGAACAAUCGGAACUGGAUAGUGAUGAUGAUUUAAUCCCUUAUGAUAUAUCUAAUGAUACCAAAUUAUCUGAAAGAUUAAGACCUACAUAUUUGCGUGAUCUACGUGACAAUUUAACAGAUGAACGAAAAACAACGAAUGCCGAAGUUUUUGCCGAGUCAUUGGAAGUAUGUGAGGAAUUAAUAUUAUCUCAAUUACCGAAUGAUGAUGUAUCAUUUGGUUUAGAAUUAUUGAUGAUUCUCGUAAACCUCACAGAAUCCUCUUACGUAGAAGAUUUUGAAUUAUUAAUUUUUAAAUCCUGCGUGGCCAUCGUAACUGUAUAUCCCAAAGAAUCAGCGGAAUAUUUGUGUCGAGAAUUUUAUAGUGAAACAUGUAAAUAUUCCACGAGCCAACGUUUACUUUUCUUAGACAUAUUAGCGGAAUCAGCUAGAGGAUUAUCCAAGAUCAAUAUAUCAAAUGAUAAUUCUAAUAAGAAAGAGAUUGCGCGUACUACAAAAAUACCUACCAAAGGAAUAUCACUUCUUAUUGAUACUGAUAAAAAAUGCGAUAUUUUGUCUAGUGACGAUUUCGAUUAUUUUCAAAAUACAAAUACUGGAUCUAUCAAUUGGAGAGAAAUAGUUGAUAAAAGGAUUGAAUCAAAUACAAGAAGAUUUGCCCAUAAUGCAAAACCAACAAAAAUGUUAGCCAACAAAUUUGGAAACGUCGCAUCAUCUUUCUUUUUUCCCCUUCUGUAUGGUUAUGGGAAACAAGGGAAUUGUUUAUACAUUGGAUUAGAAUCAUAUUCCGAUCAAAGAAAUUCUUUAUUAGUACGAUUUCUUAAAACGUUAUCUACUAUAAUGGUAGCAGGACAAAAUUGUUUAAUUGCAUCAAAGAUGGGAAAGGAAAUAUUGGAAUUAACAUGGAGCUUAAGAUAUCAUGAACAAGCAAAAGUGAGAUUAGCUGUGAUAGAGAAUGUAGCAGCAGUUAUCGUUGCAGUACCUAAAGAAAGUAUAAUAAAUGAGUUAUUUGAACCUCUUAUGGAAGUAAGGCUUUGGCUUUUGAAUUUAACACAGAAUGUGAUUAAUGGAGAACACGAUAAAGACUGUAGAACAUUAGCUGGAAAUGUAUUAUCACUAAUUGAUUCCAUCAUCGGUUCAACAUUUGCCAACAAUUAAUUCCUGAUAGUAUAUAAGCAUUUAAUUCAUCUCAUUCAUCUGCUACAGAUUUGUAUAAUAAAAAAUAUCGGAAGAUAUAAAACACUUAAAAAUUGUAUUAUAAGUUUCUAAAUAUAUUUCUUCUAUGAUUUAACAUCGUGUAUAUAUUACAUUUUCCACGCUCGAAAAUUUAUUUAUAUAAUAUAUUAAUAUAGGAAAUAUCUGUCAGACAGGCGUAAAUAUAACUUUAUUUAUUAAUAUUAAUGCUAAAGAGACUUAACAGCAUGUG